CUGAAAUACACAGGCCCCCAUAUAGAUGCAUCAUGGGCAGUGGUCUAAGCAUGCGUCAUUGUUGAAGUUGUAGUAUAAUUAUACCUGCUUGAGAAUAUUUCAUAUUGAAUCACUAUUUCUCAUGGUUUAUUCUAAUGAUCAUGAACGACACAAAUGGCAUCACCACUGCCGCUGCCCGACUUGUUGGAAUAGCGGACGAAGCAAUACGAUUCUUUCACCAACUUGAUAUCAAUACAAACUCUGUCACAAAACGAGUGCAGCAGCUAGAGAGCUUUUCAAGAUUAGCCAGGGAGAUCGAGCUGAAACCUUCAGUUGAUGAUGGCGAUGACCAAGAACAACUCGUUCUGACCAAACAGAUCUUGAUUCAUUGUUACAAACUCAUCAGCAGAAUUCUCUCUCAGCUUGAAUGGGUUGAUAAUGGCGGCAGACACACUUCUACUCAGCAAGGACUACUAGGGGUCUAUGCUGAACUCAACAAUCGGGAAGUCAAGGAUCUUUUUGAAGAGCUGCAUAGAGAGCAGCUAUGUCUCGUAGGUUCUCGAAAGUCAAGAUUCAAGCCACUCUCUUGGACAUCAGAGUCUGAUAGUCGUCCUUUAGAAUAUUCUCACACUUUCAAAGAUCGCGAGUUAGAUUUCUUGAACUUGUUGUUUGUCACAGAUCCUAGAGAAGAUCGCGCAUCUCUCGAGUCAAGCAAAGGACCCAUUGCCAAAGGAACCUGUACGUGGAUUACUGAAACAUCCACAUACCGAUCAUGGCUCUCAGGAUCUGGCGAUUCUAGGGGUCUUCUUAUCCAGGGAGGCGAAGGCAAGGGCAAGACUAUGUUGGCGAUAUACAUAACCGAGCAACUGGAGCAGCUCGCUGCGUGUAUGUCAACCGACACAGUUUUAUACUUCUUCUGCAACCACGGAAACAUCAACGCCAACUCUGCCACCGCUAUUCUUCGUGGCCUAAUUUGGCAGUUUUGCAGAUUACGCCCAGAGCUUUUGCAUCACGGGCUCAAUAGGGCUGUAUCGGUAGACGAAGGGCGAAUCGCGUUGGCAACCAACUCGGUUGAAACUCUUUGGCAAAUAUUCACCGCGAUGAUUCGGGAUCCUACCACGAGCACCGUCACAUGUGUUAUUAAUGGGCUUGACGAAUGUGAUAAGCUUUCAAUCAAAACACUGACAGAGAGGUUCACGGAACUGCUACCUUCAACGAAUCAAGGUCGUCGAAACUUUCGGAUUCUUCUGACUAGCCGUCCCCUACGCCAGCACGACAAUUUCCCUCCUGAGCUUCCAACAAUAUGCCUGGACUCAGAUGCACACAAAGAUAAUGUUCGAGAUGUACAGCGCUUUAUCAAUUUUCAUGUUACAAAUGUCUCACAAGAGAAUGGCUGGUCUCAAGAGUUUCAGGAACACACGGAGAAGAGCGUCACAAAAAGUGCUGGUGGCUCGUUUCUGUGGGCGAGCUUAUUUAUGUCUGAACUUGCAGGAAAAGCCCAAGGCUCUGCAGCAAAGUAUCUUAACGAUCUUCCUGGAGACAACAACGCCAUUUACGCAAGAGCUCUCCUGGCAAUUCCACCAGAGUGUCGCCGAAAAGUCCGGUUACUCUUGAGUUGGGUAGCUCUGGCAUAUUAUCCACUAAGCCUGGAAGAAUUAAGCACUCUUACCAACGACAAAUCCUCAACGUCAGAGGCUGCUUUAGAUAAUAUGAAAACUUGUAUGGGCUACUGCAGCACUCUUCUUGUAACCAAGACCGAGAUGAGAAAAUCCGGACCCGGAUAUGAGACCAUAGAGACCAUUCAAUUCUCGCACCGAUCAGCCAAAGAUUGUUUGCUUCAACCUUACCUUCUUCGAACGGGAACAGACACCCAAGUCGACCUCAACUUCUUUCGAGUCACCCCAGAUAACAACCAUGAGAUUCUUGCUUCUCGUUGUUUGGAAAUCAUGGAUAAAGGGUUUGCAACAGAGGCUAAAGUGGAGCCUGCCGUUGAGUAUGCUCAUAUUUUACCUUAUGUUUCAAGGUAUUGGUUUCAACAUCUCCGAGAAUGUCCUCAACGGCUUUCCGACGAAGCCUUGGCAGAAAGAGCGUUGAGUUUCUUGACACGGAACCAUGAAAAUCGAAGGCUUUGGUUUUCCUACCUCUCAAACUUGAGAUAUGAGCGAGGGGAAAUGUCGAUCCCUCACUCAACAGGAUCCGAGCAUCACGACACGAUUGGGGGACUUCAAGAGAUCAGUAACAGUGAUAUUGUAUUCUUUGAACAUCUGAAGGAUACCACUUCCGCAACUCAGCUUCAAACCCUCCAGUUGGCAUCUCUGUUUGGAAUUACUACCAUAAUUAGAAAGAUUUUGGAUGAGACAAACUUUGCAACCCACAUCAGGCAAGCCAGUCUUCGCUCCUCGCUUUACAGUUGUUCUCGAACAAAACCAAGGAGUGAGGGCCGGUUGAUAAAAAUCCAAAGAGGUGGAAUGCUACAACUAAGCACAGCGGAGAUCGUGGCAAUGACUCCUCUUGAACUUGUGGUCCUCGGCGGUCAUCACAAAGUCGCUUCGCUUUUGUUCGAUAACUAUCCUCGAUCGAGCUUAUGGCCAGACUCGACCUUUGCUUUGGCGACUGCUAUUAGUCGCUGUGAUGAGGACAUGGUCAAAUUACUGGUAGAGGCUGGUGUACCAAAGCUCAGAGCCUCUCGACAGCUAGAAGGACCUAUUUGCACUGCUGUGGUCAACCGAAGGCUUGAUGUGGUCAAGUUUCUCUGUUGCUCUGAAGCUAGUAUCUGGGUGAGACCAAAGUCUAAGGUGAACGAAGUAACGCAAGCUUUACUGUGUCUUGCCAAUGAAACAGAAGCAACUCUGUUCGAUGAUACGAGCUUCAUCCAGUAUGCAAGUGUUCUGCUCUGCGGAGGCGCAUCUCCAAAUGGCUUUAACUUCAAUAUCGAACGCCAUGGCUUACGAUAUUGGAAACGAGCUGUCAUGGAAUAUUUACACAGACAUGGCAUUACCUUGCAGAACUUGGGACCAUAUCCCAAUAGAGAAACCCCUCUGAUGUUCUUCAUCUCUUCAAAAGGUAUUAGCAGAUCAGAGUCAGACCCAGUCGAGGCUGUUCAGUUCCUAUUGGACUCUGGAUCAUCUGUCAGCCAAACAGAUCUGAAAGGUUGGAGUGCAUUGCAUCACGUGGCCAACCAGAUUGCCCUGGGUAGAGCGAAGAAGAGCUAUGAAGUUUCAGGUGAUGCAGAAGAGUACCAACUCUAUAAGAUUGCGAAUCUUCUUAUCACAGCUGGCAUUGACCAAGACUUGGAAGAUAAAGAGAAACGUAGAGCUGCUGAUAUCUUGCGAGUGGUGGGAGCGCCGAUAUGGAAUAGAAAUAUCUCGGAGUAUGAAUCAUUUUUAAGGAGGAAGCCGCUGAGCAGGAUGUCACUUCUAUAAGCAGCUUGGCACAUAAUCUUUUAAUAUAAUGC